ACUGUUGCUGAAUGUAGUGAAUUAGUUCACAAGUAUAUGUUAGCGCCCAGAGCUAUCGGUCCAGUGAUAACGAUAUCUUCUCCCGGUAGAGGCUGCUUGGAGUGAGUGGAAGCAGGUUUCACCGCACACAAGUAUAUGUUGUUCGUACGCCGUGCCAGUGCCCGGAUCGGUCCAUUUAGCGUCUCAGCUGUUCAUCAUUUUUCUAACACCCGGAAAGAUAAAGCCAUGGCAUCAAGUGUACCGCGAGUGAAGCUGAACAAUGGUCAAUCAAUUCCAAUUCUUGGCCUUGGAACAUGGGGCUCCCCACAGGGUGAGGUUGCCCAGGCCGUAAAGGAUGCUAUCGAUGUGGGCUAUCGCCACAUCGACGGUGCUCAUGUGUACCAGAACGAGCAUGAAGUGGGCGAGGGCGUUAAUGCCAAGAUCAAGGAAGGCGUCAUCAAACGCGAGGACAUUUUCAUCACCAGCAAGCUGUGGAACACCUUUCAUCGGCCAGAGCUGGUCGAAGGAGCAUGCCGAACGACGUUGAAAAAUCUUGGUCUGGAUUACGUAGACCUCUAUUUGAUUCACUGGCCAAUGGGUUACAGAGAGGGCGACGCGCUGUUCCCCACCGAUGAAAAUGGAAAAACCGCCUAUUCCGACGUCGACUAUGUGGACACGUGGAAGGAGAUGGAGAAAUUGGUUGAAUUGGGCCUGGCGAAAAGUAUCGGUAUUUCGAACUUCAACUCGAAGCAAGUUGAGCGUAUUUUGGCUAUUGCGAAGGUGAAACCGGUGACGAACCAGGUUGAAUGUCAUCCUUAUUUGGCGCAAGUCAAACUAUCCUCCUUCUGCGCUGAGCGUGAUUUGGUUAUAACCGCAUAUAGCCCACUUGGUUCACCUAACCGUCCAUGGGCUAAGCCUGACGAUCCCCAACUAAUGGAGGAUCCCAAGAUUGUAUCAAUCGCCAAGAAGUACAACAAGACGCCGGCCCAGAUUUUGAUCCGUUAUCAGAUCCAACGCGGACACGUGGUCAUCCCCAAAUCUGUUAACAAAGCCCGAAUUCAAUCUAACUUUGAAGUAUUUGACUUCGAGUUAUCUGAGGAUGAUAUGAAACUUGUUACAUCGUUCGACUGUAACGGACGAGUUGUACCGAUCUCGAGAGAGGAUACAAAUCCCCACAUUCCGUUCAGAGAGGAAUUUUAAACGACGAAAAGGAAUCGCCGAAAUUAUAGCUGCUGUUGAUUGCCGCCGGUCAUCCGUACCAUCCGUUCGAAAAUGAGGAAUAUUGAACCAACUGUUUCAUCAAUAUCACUCACUAUUAGACCCCUGCUGAUAAUCAUUAUUUAUGUGCACUGAAAACUUUUGUGUUCGCACACGCAAAUGCUUCAUAUAGAACACAGAUUGAAUAAAACUAGUUCGUCCGAAAUGGACAGCCCCGCGUUCA